GGAUUCAGAUAAAGCGCUCACAAACUUUACUGUCCCAUCCAUUGCAUGCCACGCUGACCAGCUCUGAAGGUAAAAGUAUGUUAGAAGACAAGCUUUCUGAGGUUUCAGCUAGCCUCUUAUCUGCAUACGACAGUGGUGAGCUACUCGGUGCACUUGAUGAAGGCCACUCUGGGUGGCAGAAGUGGGUGAAGGGUUUUAGCAAAUCGCUUAAACGCAAGGGAAAAUCGCUUUUCAUGCCUUUGCGGGUGUUGCUAACGGGAAAGCUUCACGAUCCCGGCAUGGGGCCGAGCAUUCUUCUGCUCUAUAAAGCAGGAAAAUCCGGUGUAGCUGCUGCUGAAGUCGGGUUUAUUACACUAGAUGAACGAUUCAACAUGCUGAGACAACUCGACUGGGACUCUUUAAACCAAGACCAGCCUCAGCCGGAGCCCGCUGCUUCCUUAUCGAGCUGAGAUUUUUAACAGUUUUGAUCGGCUACUCCUUAGCGAACCAUUUCCAUUCAUAGCGGUUUUAUUAUUUUGAUUGUGCAAUAAGUUCUGUUUGUUAAUCG